CGAUUUAACUACAAAUUUUGAAUCAACUAAAUAUCAGCCCUUAAAAUCGAUAUUGAAAAAAUAAUCCUUAAUCGAUGUAUGUAUAUGCUGAUCGAUAAAUUUUACUUCAUGGACGAGAGAAGUCGCUAACGCCAUCCAGUGUUGAGAUUUGUCAAAAUUUUAGGUGUUCAUAUCAUCUUAAAAUAUCCACACAACAUUUUUUACGGUUAUUAAAGAUGAUUUGAGCUUUAUUGUUUGGAGAGAAUUCUCAAUUUGGAAAAUGGUUUUUCCUUCAAAAUCUCAUAGGAAGAGCAAGAUGGAGGAAAGUGCUGGAGAAACGGAAGGGGGUGGAGAGACCAUUACUGAUAUUCAGAAUUACCUGGCUUCCUUCAACAAAGAGAUCCAAGAUGGCAGCUCCACUGCUGCUCCUGCAUCAGCUUCUCAAUUGGAUGCAACUGCAGAUUCUGAUCCCACUAUAGAACCCACUACUGAAACUGCUGCUUUCUUUGUGGCAGCUCCAGGCACAUCCGCUGGUGAAGGAUUUCAGUUCGAGCAAGGAGAGGCUCCCUUUGGUACUACAUACUAUGCUUCGUCUGAUGGUACCUAUUAUGCUGCCAGUGAUCCUAAUCAACCUAGCACAAUUACAGCAUUCGCAACUCAGGCGGAUGGCACUACCGUUCUUCCAGUUUCUGGUCAGAGGGCUGCCUUCCGAACUGUCAAUGCCAGCGACCAUCCUGGACUUCAGCAGAUAGUUUUAGCUGUUAGUGAAGCAGGUUCAGGGGCUGCAACUGGUGGGUCUAGAUCGGAGAUCGUUGCCAUUCCCGCUAAUUUAGCCUCACAAGCAAUUACUGGUUCAACUCAAGUAGGUGAACAGCAGGCUUUUGUUACCAUGCAAGCUACUGGUUCCUCUCAAAUCGAAGAUGGCCAAAGUGGUGCCCAGGCUCAGUUGGCUACCCUAGUAACCACUGAUGAUGGUAGUCAAGCUGAUUCCAAAGGGAAUAUUUCCCAGGUGCAAACCAUACGUAUGGUGUUGAGGCAACCUGAUGGAACUGAAACAGAACAGAACAUACCUGUAUCUUCAACAAGGGUUCCAACAUUACUUACAAAUGAUGGUCAAGAAGUGCAAUUAAGUGAUGAAAAUCAGCUGCAAAUGAUAUCGACCAUUGUGGAGCAAGCUGCUGCUGGAGGAUUAGCUGAUGGCAACAACCAGGUUAUACUGAAUGUCGGCAAUGCAUAUCAGGCAGUGACUGUUGUUCCUACAAACGGAGCGUCUGGUGAAGUCAGCUACAUGUUUAUUGUUGCUCAAUCAGAGGAUGACAAGGAUCCGAGCAAAGAUAUGGAUCUCGACAUGUCUGUUUAUGAUUUCAAUGAGGGAGAGAAACACGGAGAGAUCGUGGCUGAAGAGGUUGCACCCGACGGCACCAAGACACGGACUAUCCGUAUCACUCAAAAAAAAAGUCAGAUAGUUACCCAAGCACAUAUGUGUAACUACUGUAAUUACACAAGUCCAAAACGUUAUCUGCUGUCACGUCACAUGAAGUCUCACUCGGAAGAGCGUCCUCAUAAGUGUGGUGUUUGCGAAAGAGGUUUUAAGACUCUUGCUUCAUUACAGAACCAUGUUAAUACUCAUACUGGGACACGCCCUCACUGCUGCAGGGACUGCGAUUCAUCGUUCACCACAUCUGGAGAGCUUGUGCGUCACGUGCGAUACAGGCACACUCACGAAAAACCCCAUCGUUGUACUGAAUGUGAUUAUGCCAGUGUGGAGCUCAGCAAAUUGAAACGUCACAUGCGGUGCCACACGGGCGAGCGACCGUAUCAAUGCCCUCACUGUACUUAUGCCAGUCCAGAUAUGUACAAGCUAAAGCGCCAUCUAAGAAUCCACACUGGUGAAAAACCGUAUGAAUGUGAUAUAUGCCAGGCACGAUUUACUCAGUCAAACAGCUUAAAGGCUCAUAAAUUGAUACACUCUGGCAACAAGCCGUCUUUUCAUUGUGAUUUCUGCCCAACAACUUGUGGCAGAAAAACAGAUUUAAGGAUUCAUAUGCAGAAACUACAUACUAGUGACAAACCUUUAAAGUGUAAGCGCUGUGGAAAGACCUUCCCAGAUCGUUAUUCCUAUAAGCUGCAUUCAAAGACCCAUGAGGGAGAGAAGUGCUUCAAGUGUGAUUUGUGCCCCUAUGCAUCUAUUUCGCAGCGACACCUCGAAUCUCACAUGCUGAUUCACACAGAUCAAAAACCUUUCCGAUGUGACGAAUGUGAUCAGGCCUUUAGACAAAAACAAUUGUUAAGACGUCAUAAAAAUCUUUAUCAUAAUCCAAAUUAUGUUGCUCCUUUACCAAAAGAGAAAACUAAUGAAUGCUCUGAAUGUAAAAAAGCUUUCCGUCACAAGGGCAAUCUCAUAAGGCAUUUAGCGAUACAUGACCCAGAGGCAUCCAUGGCAGAAAAGGAGGAAGCCUUGCGAAUCGGUGAGCCGAAAGGUCCCGGGGAACAACCAGAUGGAGAGGAAGAAGAGUAUUACGUUGAAGAAGAGGACGAGGAAGAUGUGGAUCAAGCUCCAUUUCCUACUGGAACAGUUACUAUAUCUGAUCAAGGAACUGUGCAGGAAACUGAAGAUGGUCAACAGGUUGUUGUUUUUGAAGUGAUUCAACUUCACCCCCAAAAUCAAGAGGAGAACAUCCUGCCAGAACCACUAGAGCAACCUGACAAUAGUGAAGCUGUUUCAUUAACAACUCUACAAGAUGUUGCUGAAGAAGACUGUUUUGCAAGUGCUGUAGCUGAAGCUAUUGGUGAAGUUCCUCCCUCCCUACCUCACCCAUCUUCUCCAGCUCCUUCAACACCACGUCGAGGCAGAGGGAGACCCAGAAAAACUCCAAUUGUUCCUCAAGAAGUAUCCUUACAGCAACAGCAGGAAAUAAUCAGACAGAUUAAAGUUGAAGAUGAUUCUAAAGAUGGUACUCCAACCCCCGGACGACCUGGAAGGAAGCGUAAGGCAUCUGAAGUCCCUGAAAUCUCUCCAGAAGCAAGUGAUUCCGGAACAAGAGGAAGGCCGCUUCGAUCCUGUCGCUUAAGAAAAGGAGAUUCCCCAGCACCCGAUAUGAUGCCUAUGGUUCCAGAGCCAGCUCUGGAAGAAAGCAUGAGUAAUUUAGCAGACCUUAGUAAUGAUCCUGAAGGACUUGCUAAAAGAGAGGCAGAACUUGAACGUAGACGUCUUGAGCAGAAGCAGAAAGACAUGGAAGAGUGCUUUGGAUUUAAUGAUGAUGAAGAGGAGACGGAAACUAUCCUUGCGAUGCCGGCCGUCCCGGGUGCUCAACCGUUGAACGUCAUCGACAGUAACUUACUUAUCUCUAAUCAUUCUGGGGCAACAACGUAACAAGUCUUGCCGUGUGUCUCAUUCGAACAGACCAACUUUCUACUCUAGUGAGACAGUUCAACUCCACAAUUAUGUAAAUAAAGACUUUUAUAUUUCACUUAGCUUAAGCAUCCAAUUGUGUCAGUGGCUUCUUGCAAAGGGAAGAAUCAACCGUAAAUAUAUAUAGUAUAUAUAUUUUUAAAAUUAUUUAAAGCAUUUGUUUUUAAUCAGUAUGUUUAAUCACCUACCCGUGACUCAAAUAGUUGAUUCAAUAAUCGAUUUUUUGUUAACAUCAGAGUACCCAAUGAAUAAUCCUCAAGACUUAUAUAAUAUUUAUUGUAAGAAUUCUUAUCUCUUUUAUUUAAAAGCACCUGUUUUACAUUAUAUAUGUAAUAAAAUGUAUCAUAUUGUAAUAUUGUUUUUUAAGUAGGUAUGUAUUGAUUUUUAUGUCAAUAAAAAAUAUUUUCUUCAGCUCGAUUUUUAACAACAUAUGAAUGAAAAUAUGAAUUAUUUUGAUUUAAUCUGAAAUAACAAUUCUUCCUAGAUAUUCUUUUAACUGUUAAACUUAGUUUUGAAAUUAGGAAUUGUAAUAACAACAUAUUACUAUUAUUUUCUUGCUAGCGCAAUAUGAAUUUUAAAGAACUCAUUUUAAUUGUAAGAAUGACAUGCCAAUAAAAAAGUAUCAUGUGCCUUUGUAUAAAGUUCAAUUUUCUUGUUUUAUUUAUUUUCCUUUUGCUAAGUUAUGGAAAAUAAUAGCUUAUAUAUCAAUAAUAUAUAUAUAUGAAUUAUUGUAAUUUUGUCCUUAAAAAUAGAUUUGUAGAUUGAAUACAUUUAACGUCCUGAAAUCAAGUUUUUAUUAACUAACUCAGUUUUAACGUCAUGCCCUGUUUUUUGCAAAUCUACAUAAUCACAUAUCAACAAAAUAUACCAUUGCAUGAUGUUUGCAGUUAUUGGGUACUAAAUUGUAAAUAGUCACUUGCAUCUGCUUGAUGAAUAUCUUAACUUGUUCUAAAAUUAACUUGUUCCUGUUUUAAAUGUUCUAAAAAAAUCUUUCACCGAAAUGAAAUCUGCCCAUAUUUGUGAGGUUUAGAAUUAAUAUGUUAUAAUCAAAAGAAUGGAAUGUAUUUUUAAGGUUUUAAUUUUAAUAGUUUAAAAUUCUGCCUUUAGAGAAACACCUUUUUUUAUCUCUUAAAUUUUGUUGAAAAGUUAGACUGAUGUACCAGUAAUAAAAUUGGAUGUAUGUUACUGAUUUGAUAAUGCUAGUCAAAAUCUACCAUUCAUAUGCUUGGAACACAAUUAGAUUUUUAUCUGAAACCCUGAUUAUUUUGCUGUUCUUAAUUCCUUUUUCAAUUGUGAUUCACCAAAUGUAAAGCAUUUACAUUUUUGUUUUUCCUCAAUCUUAAUGCAAAUUUUACUAGUUUUAUACUUAAUAGAAAUUUUAUUCUUUAUACAAAUUUUGACAGAUUCCUAUAAUACAUAAUAAGAAAAGUAAAUACAGAACAAUCCUGCAUCUUUCUAACUUAAAAUCUAAAAAGACUUAAACUUUUUUUCUAUACUUUUUAUUUUUAAAAAAAUAAAUAUAUAACUUUUUUUUUAUAUAGAUUCUCUAAAAUAUAAAAUAAUAUUUUAAAGAAUAAGUAAAAUAUCCAUUUGUUAGAGGUAAAUUCUGUAUGAAAAAUUUAUAUAUCUAAAUGGAAAUAUCUUUCCUGUUUCUAAUUAUUUGAGGCAGAUUUUGUAUAAACUGUAAAAAUCUAUGUUAAAACAAAUAUUUCAUGUGAUUCAACUUUAAACAAUUUUUUCAGUCUCUUCUACACAAUUUUUAAAAAAUUAUUUGAUUUUUCUUUCAUGUAAACUGUGAGUAAAUCGAAAUUAUAUAAAUAAAUUAACAUGUUUUCUAAGGCUGAUGUUUUGUAUGAAAGAUAAUAUUGGUUAAAGAAAGAUACAAAAUAAACAAAUAAACUCUAUUUCUGUAUUUCAUUAAGUUAUAUUUAGUCUUGUAACUUCCUAAUAACGUAAUUUGGUAUACAAUUUAUGAAUUUACAAUAAAUCAAAUAACCCACACUUUCUUAAUCAUAUUAUUAUUAUUAGAUUGUAUCUAGUACUAAGUUGUUGUUUUUUUUUUUUUAAAAAAUGGCUGAAUAAUUUAUAUUAAGUUUUGUAAAUUUAUUGAAUUAUGUAAACUUAAUUUCAAUAUUUUUGUGUAAAGAUUUUCAUGUGUUUUGCAUCUGGCACAAUUGUGACUUAUAUGUGUAUUUCAUUAACCGAAUAUUGUUUAAGGGGGCUAUCCAUAUAUAUAUAUUCAUCAUUUUACAGAGUGCAAACAAACCAUUAUUGACAGGAAUUAAGCACUGCUAUUGACAUGAAUUAUGGUUUGCAAUAAUUGUUUUAAUUUAACCAAUUAAGUGUUCCUAUUUUAAAAACUUAAUUCUAAAAGGGCUAUAUUUGAUCAUGUUAUUUUUUAAAUUAUCAUUAGAAAAAUUAUAUCUAUGGUUAAAAAUGAAAACUAUCUGCUAUUGAUAGAAGGAAUAUUUUUGUUUUGAAAAAACUUGAUAGUUUUCAAUCGAACCAGACUUCCCACAUAAGUACACAAUAUCUUCUAUUUAAGCAAUAAAGUGUGUGAAUUGGAUUACAGAGAUUUCGAGGUUUCCUGAUGACAGAAGCUUCUGAUGGGUUCUUUUCAUUGUAUUAAGACACUAAAGUAGUUGCAAAUAUUUAAUAACAGGCAACUUAUGUUUAUGGAAAUGGGUUAUGAACAGAAUGAGGGUUUUAUUUAAGAGAUUCAAAAAAGAUUGCCCUAAAUAUAUGGAUUGCCUCCAAUGGAAAUAUGUUGUCAGCAAACUAUCUUUAGUAAACCCUUCUGUUUUCUGAAGGACACAGUAGCUUUUAUAUGUAGAAUAAAAACAUGUAAAUUCCAUAAUAAAAUAUCUUUUCAGAUUGA